AUGGUGGUCACCCUGCUCAGCCGUCGCUGGGAACAUUUCGGGCUGACCCUGCCAGCCCGGCUGCCUGGGACCCACAUCACCCCGGGAGCAGAGAAAAGCAGCGCUGGGCUGAAGCACCAGGAGGGGGAUGCAAACAUCUCCAGCAAAGAGCUGACCGAGCUCAUCGAGCGCCUGCAGAAAAAUGCCGACCAGGUGGAGAAAAACAUCGUGGAGACCGAUUCCCGAAUGCAGAAUGACCUGCACAAGAUCAAGGCCUGCCAGCUGGCACAGCACAAGGACCUGACAGCCCAGAAACUCAGCGAGUCUGAGAAGCUGCUCUACGUGCUGGACGGGGACGCGGCCGUUGCCCGGCACAUGAAGCACCCCCAGGGUGACAUGAUUGCAGAAGACAUCCGGCAGCUGAAGGAACGAGUGGCCAACUUACGUGUGAAACACCAACAGAUCUACAGCUUCCCCCUGCAGCACAUCGAGCCCCAGGUCAACUGGUCCACAGAGAUCGAGGAGAAACAGGAUGCACUGAGCAGCAAGGGCUUCGGGACUGACCUGCCACUGGUCAACAGCCAAGUAGAAGAGCACAACAUCUUCCACAACGAGGUCAUGGCCAUCGGCCCACACAUCGUCAAGGAAGGCAACAAGGAAUUCAUGAACGAAUUCCAAGCCAAGUACCAGAAGCUGCUGGCCAGUUCCCAGCAACGGCAGCAGGAUCUGAACUCCCUGCAGGACUACAUGCAGCGCUGCACCAACAAGCUCUACUGGCUGGACCAGCAGGCCAAGGACAGGACCCACUACGACUGGAGUGACCACAACCUGGACUAUCCCAGCCGGCGCCGCCAGUACGAGAACUUCAUCCACCGGAAGCUGGAGGAGAAGGAGGAGGCCAUCAACAAGCUCCAUGCAGAUGGAGAUCAGCUGCUUGCCCAGAACCACCCUGGCAAGAAUGCCAUCGAGGCCCACAUCGAGGCAGUGCACGCCGACUGGAAGGAGUAUCUCAACCUGCUGAUCUGUGAGGAGAGCCACCUCAAGUUCAUGGAGGACUUCCACAAGUUUCAGAAAGAUGCUAAGGAUGCCCAGGAGCUCUUGAAGAAGGUGGAUACGGACCUGGAUCAAAAAUACAGCCCAGAGUUCAAGGACAGAUACCAGCUUGAGUCUCUGCUCCGGGAGCUGGAUGACCAGGAGAAGGCCCUGGAGAAGUACGAGGCAGUGGUGAGGUCCCUGCAGGAGCGCAGCCUGCAGGUGCUGCCCCUGCGGUACCAAGCAAUAGCACUGGCAGACCAAAUUGCUGAUCGCUACGUGGGGGUGAAGGAGAAGACAGGGAACUGCAAGAACAUCCUGCAGCAGCGCUACGAGGGGCUCAAGGCAGACAGCAUUGGAGAUGCUGCAUCAGUUCGGGGGCGCCAGCUUCUGGCAGGGCUGGAGAAGGUGAACAGUGACCUGGACAAGCAGGAGAAGGCAAUUACUGCAAACCUGAGGCCCCCCCUGGAGCAGAGCCGGGCCGUGCAGGACAGCACCGAGCGCUCCAAGGACCUGAAGAUUGAACCUGAGAAAAUGAGGAAGAUCCAGGAGUGUGAAGUCUUCAUUGAGUCCGUGCCCAACACUGGCAGUGCCACCUUGGUGAAGAACAAGGUGGAGAACACCAACAAGAAGUACGACCGCGUGGUCCAGCUGCUCAGCGCGGCCCAGGAGAAAGUUGAGGUGGCCACACACCUCGAGAGGAGCCUCCAACAAGGCCGAGACCUGCUAUCUACCUAUGAAAACAAACUGGUCACAGAUGACACGGUCCCAGAGGACCUGCGGGUGGUGGAUCGUAAGAGAGAAGAGCUGCUGGCCAUGGGCACUGAGCUCCAGUCCAAGAGGUUCCUGCUCAAUGAAGCAGAGCAGAACCUGCAAAGGACCAAGACAUGCUCCAGUGCCUUGGCCAGCAAGUUCCAGGAGCACUGUCCUGACAUUGAAAGGCAGGAAGCAGAGCUCUACAAACUCAACCAGCGCUUCAACAACCUCAGCAAGCAAAUUGACCACAGAACACAGACCCUGCAGAAAGCUGGAAGUGCCUACUCCAACUACCGCACCAACUACGACAAAGUCAACCAGUUCCUCUGCAACAUCCCCAACUAUGAGCCCCAGGAGACUGACAACAUCCAGCAAGUGGAAACCAAGCUAAAGAACCAACUGGUGCUCCUCAGUGACAUUGCAAGCAAGGAACAGGAGGUGCAGAAGGUCUCGGCCACAGCUCAGCAGUACCAGCAGGCUGUGAAGGACUAUGAGUUGGAAGCUGAGAAGCUAAGGUCCAUCCUGGACCUGGAGAACGGCCGUAACGGGUACACGAGCAAGAAGCCCAGGCUCCAGUCUCCAGCUAUGAAGGUCAAAGAGGAGGAAGCUGCUCUGGCAGCCAAGUUCACCGAAGUGAGUGCUGUGAACAAACAGAGGCUGCAGAACCUGGAGUUUGCUCAGAGCCUCCUGAGGCAGCAACCAGAGGUUCAAGUGACACAAGACUUUCUCCAGACCAAAAAGUCUUUAAGGCCCGUAGAAGAAGUCUGGAGGUUGAAGAAAGAGCUUGAGGAUGAGACUCAGCGUCGGCAGCAGCUUGAAGCAGAGAUCAAAGCCAUUCAGAACAACAUUGUCCACCUGCAAAACCAGAAGCCUCAAGAAACUGUCAUCAAGAAGGAACUGCUGAAGAAAGUGCCUGACCCUCAGCUGGAGGAGAGCUUCCACAAACUGCAGCAGAGCCUGGCAGAGGAGCAGCGCAAGAACCAGGUGCUCCAGGAUGAGCUGGAGGCCCUCAAGAUCAGGCUGCGUGUCCUGGAGCACGAGAAGAGGGAAGGAGGGCAGGAGUACGUCGUGAAGGAGGUCCUGCGCAUCGAGCAGGACAAGGCCCAGGCUGAUGAGAUCCUGAAGCUCAAAGAAGAGCUGGAGGAGCUCAGGAGGCAGGAAGGAACCAGAGAGAACGAAGUCGUCCUGUUACGCCAACAAAUCGCCGUGCUGUCCAGCGAGAAGAACAAAGAGCAGGAGAAGGUGAUGGAGAAGGAGGUGCUGAAGCUGCAGAACGACCCCCAGCUGGAGAUGGAAUUCCGGAUGUUGCAGGAGAACAAGCAGAGGGAGAGCGCCCUUCGGCAGAAGCACGAGGAGGAGCUCAGCUUCCUCCAGGAGAAGCUCAAACGCCUUGAGAAGGAACGGGCCAUCGCCGAGGGCAAAAUCACCGUCAAGGAGGUGCUGAAGGUGGAGAAGGACCUCGCCAUCGAGAGGGAGGUGAACGAGCUCCGGCGGCAGUACGAAGAUGAGAAGUCCAAGGGUCGUUCAAACGAGAGGGAAAAGGCUGAGCUGCUCAGGAAGAUCCAGCUGCUGGAGGAGGAAAACGCCAAGGUGGUCGUCCAGGAGAAAGUGCGUGAGAUUGUGCGCCCAGACCCCAAGGCUGAGAAUGAAGUUGCCAACCUUCGUUUGGAGCUGGUAGAGCAGGAGAGGAGAUACCGAGGCGGUGAUGAACAGCUGAAGAGCUGCCAGAAUGAGCUGGCUGCUCUGAGGAACAGAGGGCCACUGGUAGAAGUCAAAGAAGUCAUUAAGGAGGUCAUUAAGUACAAGAAUGAUCCAGAAACUGAAAAGGAGCUGCAGCGGCUCCGGGAGGAAAUCAUAGAGAGGACAGGAGUGAUUGAAAGAGCCGACCUGGAGAUCUACCAGCUGAAACAAGAGAUCCAAGCUUUGAAAGAUACCAAACCUCAAGUGCAUACCAAGGAAGUCGUUCAAGAAAUUCUGCAGUUUCGGGAAGACCCCAAGACCAGAGAGGAGGUGGAGUCGCUGAGAGUGCAGCUGGCAGAUGAGCAGAUGAAACACAUUGACCUGGAGAGGGAGCGGAUACUCCAAGAGGAAAAAGUAAGACAGAAGGAGGAAGAGCUGUCCCAGGUGAAGGAGAAAGUGGUCCAACAAGAAGUAGUGAAGUAUGAGCAAGAUCCUGCCUUGAAAGCUGAAGUCAACUCUUUCUCCCAGAGCAUUGAGAGCGAGCUGAAGCAGAUUGAUGGCCUCCGUGAAGAGCUCCGCAAGCUGCAGAGGAGGAGGUCUGAGCUGGAGCGUCAGCUGGAAGAACUUGAGAAGGAGAGACAGGCCCGCAGAGAGGCUGAGCUGGAGGUGCAGAGGCUGAAGAUUAGGUUGAACGAGUUGGAAGAACAGGAGAGGGAGACAACAGAACGAGUGACUGUGAAACAGAAAGUGAUCCUUCAGCAAGAUCCCCAGCAAGAGAAGGAGCACUCCCUCCUCAAGCUGGAGCUGGAAGAAGAGAAGCACCGGAGACAAUUCCUGCAAACUGAACUAGAAGCCCUAAGGAAGAAGCUCCAUUCUUUGGAGAAGAUGGAGGUCAAAGAGAAAGUGGUCUUUUCAGAGAGUGUCCAAGUGGACAAAGGAGACACUGAGUAUGAAAUUCAAAAGCUGAAGAGCAAUCUGGAGGAAGAAAGUAGGCGUAAGAGGGAGCUAGAUGCAGAUAUAAACCGCCUGGAAACCAGGCUGUCUGAGGUGGAAUUCAACAACUCCAAGUCGUCCAAGGAGCUCGACUUACUGAGGGAGGAAAACCACAAACUACACCUUGAGAAACAGAACCUGCUGAUGGAAACAAGGAGACUGCAAUCAGAGAUUGAACUCACCGCAACAGAAGCCCGGGAUUUGAGAAAUAUGACCCACAUGGACAGUGGAAUAAACCUGGACUCCAGAUUCCAAGCUCUAGAAAGAGAGUUAGAUGAUCUGAAGCAGUUAUCCAGGGAAAAAGACGCGGAGAUCGAGCAGCUCCAGAACCGCCUCAAGACGGUGGCCAUCAAGAGGGAACAGAGGGAGAACCACCUGAGGCGCUCCAUCGUGGUCAUCGACCCCGACACGGGAAAAGAAAUGUCUCCAGAGGAAGCUCACGUGUUUGGCCUCAUCGAGUGGAGCCUGUUUGUCAAGCUGAAGAGUCAGGAAUGUGACUGGGAGGAGAUCUCAAUAAAGGGCCCCAACGGGGAAUCAUCUGUGAUCCUGGACAGGAAGUCUGGCAGGGAGUUCUCCAUCGAGGACGCCCUGAAGAGCGGCAGGCUAACCAUGGCUCAGUACAACAGUUACCUCAACAAGGAGAUGUCCAUCCAGGAGUUGGCAGUCCUGGUGUCUGGCAGUAAUUACACAGCUGUCCCUCACCUUUAG